GGUAUAGUCGCAACAGGGCAACAGGGCAUGUGUGUAAAGUGAAGGUCAUGAACUUUCACCUUAUAACAGUUUGAAGUUCGGAAUAUUUUGUCAGGGAGAUGAUUGGAUCCAUGAAGUGAAAAUAAAUGUAAAUAAAAAGAGGUGUAUUGGAGGAUAGGUAAAGAAGGAGAUUGAGGAGUUCAUGGUGAAGAGGAUUUGGAUUAUUGCAACAGACUGAUCACUCGAUACCAGACAAUGCAGGUGUCUGACUGGGACAUACACAUCAAGAAGAAAUUCACUGUGUUUAUCUCAUAAUGAACAAAUUACAGAACUCCAGUGUUGAAAAACGUUUCUGUAUUAACAUUACACCACUAGCCAGACUGGUUUUAUACUUCCCCACAAAGCUUAGCCAAUGUAGAUGGAGCAAAUGCUGGACAUAGAUAUGAGUACAGGUCUUGUGGUGCAGGACAAAGUGCGCUCAUUAUGUCUGGGUGUUGAGCUGUGUGUUGUUUGUGGUGACAGGGCAUCAGGUCGUCAUUAUGGUGCAAUUAGCUGUGAAGGUUGUAAAGGAUUCUUUAAACGCUCAAUUCGUAAGCAGUUGGGAUACCAGUGCCGUGGGAACAAGAAGUGUGAAGUGACGAAACACCAUAGAAAUCGGUGUCAGUAUUGCCGCCUUCAGAAGUGCCUGGCUAUGGGCAUGAGAAGUGAUUCUCCCCAUGUUUUAGCCGUCCAGCAUGAGAGAAAGCCAAUGACUGAGAAGAGAGAUUUUUCAUCAUCUGUUGGCAUGAACAACAGUGGAUCGGGUUUCUCUUCAAAUCCAGCAAACAAGAUUUUCAUCAGAAAGGACUUGGUCAUGGACUCAAAAUCAUCAGUGUUGCCACCUGCCUUUAGCCUUUCUGACCUUGGACUGAUGAGUUCUAAAAUAACAGAUGGGGACAGUGUACAUCAGAUGUCUCCAAGUCAAGUCAGUGUUGAAGAAGAUGGUUCCACAGACAGUUUUCUAGCAACUGAAGAUAUCAGUGAUGCCUACAAUCUAGCACGGGACAGAAAUUUAAUUUCUCGUGCAUUGGAGACAGUAGCAAAGAACCUGAAUGGAAAUGAUGCUUUCGGAUUGAAUGUGGAUUAUGAAAAUGAAGGAGUGUUUGAAUUGGAAGGGGUUCUGUUACUGGAGCAACAUAUCCCUUUCAACUUGCAGACACCUAGUCCCAUGCCAGCCUACCUCAAUGUGCAUUAUAUUUGUGAAAGUGCGUCAAGAUUAUUAUUCCUGUCAGUACAUUGGGCUAGAAGCAUCCCUGCCUUCCAGCUGCUCAGUUCUGAUACCCAUGCGGUCCUGGUGCGUGGUUGCUGGGCUGAACUUUUUGCCUUGGGUUUGGCUCAGUGUUCAGAAAUAUUAUCAUUGCCCACCAUACUGUCAUCAAUCAUAAAUCACCUACAGGCAUCAGUGGCGCAAGAGAAGAUUUCAGCGCUACAUAUAAAACAGGUAACAGAUCACAUCUGCAAAUUGCAGGAGUAUGUGAAUGGCAUGGCACGACUACAGGUUGAUGAACACGAAUAUGCAUACCUCAAGGCAAUAACACUUUUUAGUGCGGAUCAUCCUGGGUUGUUAGCUAGGAGACAAGUAGAAAAGUUUCAGGAGAAGGCGUUCCAAGAGCUACGCUGUUACGUGAAUCAGACCUUCCCUGAAGACAGGGAUAGGUUCCCUCGUCUUCUCCUGAGACUUCCGCCUUUACGAGCACUUCAGCCACAAGUGAUGGAAGAACUGUUUUUUGCUGGGUUGAUAGGAAAUGUACAGAUAGAUAGUGUGAUACCAUACAUUCUUCGAAUGGGUGCAGGAGAAUACAGUAGUCAGCUAGGUAGUGAGAACAGUGCAGAGCAAGGAAAGAGAGUGUUCAAAGUGGAGGAUAAUGAAGAAGAGACCUGUUAGAAUACACUAGUAAAAGAACCAUAGAUUUUUGUAAAUAUAACAGUUUUAUAGCAUUUAUAGAAUAUUUUUACACUUGAUUGAAUUGUGUAGGAUGACUGCCCUGUUGUUGUUGUUGUUGUGCAAUAUUGAAGUCUGUGUCUGGAAUUGGUGCCUUUCUACCAUACACUGAAAAAUGCUGUGACUGAUACUUCAUUGCUGGUACUGUGUUACUUUGCCCCAUUUCUCUUGAGCAAUGACACUGAAUUACUCUUGACUGAUGUUUUUCAGCCCACUGGCAGUGAAUUACUGCAGUGAUAAUCUUCAAACACAGACUGAUUUCUAUUGCUUGAAUUUCAAGAGCCAAUGGUCUUCAUAUUUUGUUAAAUUGUAUUAGCCUUGCUGCUGCAUUUUAUAAAAUGAGUCAUUAGCCACACUGAAAGUCUGAUGUACGUACUUUAGCUAGAACAUAGUAUGAUAAUCAUCAUUGAAUCCUGAGCACGAUAAUUUUGAAGUUCUUACAUGCUCAUGCAGUACAGCACAUCUUCUCAUUAUUAGGUAUGUGGGGUUUUACUUUUUCAGCUUGAGAUGUGAUUGAGACAAGAAUUUGAAAAGAAUUUCAACAAUUGUGAUCAGAACUAGAAUUUUCUUUACUACACCAAUUUUUUCAUUGUAUACUGUAUAACACUAGCCACGUUUUUACAAUGCACUGAAGUGUACUACUUAUGUUUUUUGACAUCAGAUCCUUUUUCAAAGAGGACGUUUCAUAAAUCAUUGCAGUGAAAAGAAUUAAUUUAUAGGACCAUGUCAUUCUUCACAGUAGACAGAUACAAGGGAGAGAGAUUUUCUACACAAAUUGGUUGUACCGGUAUUGCCAGCUGUUGGGAUUUUGAUGCAUGCGGUAGUUUACAUGUUACUGCGUGAAGCAAACAUGGUUAUCCAAGAAUUUUUGAAGAUUGAGACAGAGAUCUUUCCUUGAUUGAAUCUAAGAUUCAAGACUCACACACGCCUAAAAUAUUGUCACAUGAUCGAGUUUGGAUUGGUGUGUUUAAAACACACAACUUGUGACUACACGCAGAGCACUGUCACACAGAGAGUAGUGUUCUCAAUCAUAGUGUUUCUUCCUCUGCUUCUGGACUCACGUAUUCACAGGCUGGCAGCCAUUUCACACCAGCCUCCUACUUGUCUGUCAUUUUGAGACUGUAGACUUGACUGACUGGUAAUGGCAGCUGGUCCUCAUUAUAUAGCCUCAGUAUGGACUGCACAGAAAAUGCCACUUCCAACACCUCUUCUCUUUUUGUGUGCAUGUCUGUUGAGGCUAUCAUGUGAGCUACUGAGCCAUUGCCUGGCAACAUACAUAUUCGCAGAGCCCAUUAUCAGCAUAUAGCUACUAGACCUGAUUGAUCUGUAGGCAUGCAGCAACAUGCAUUGGACUCAGAUCUGUUAUGUCACCUUCUGACUUGGCUGCAUUGUUCACAUCAGUGGCGAGACUGUCAUAUCUUGUCUAUGAAGAGUGUCACUGCAUGCAUGAAUACUGUUUAUAUAUCUAGGCUUGAAUACAAUGCAUCGACAAUUAUGUAUUAUUGUCAGUAAACGUCAGAUUGUGGCUUACAAUUUCUGCAACAGCAGUAGCACUGAUGUGUUAUGCUAAUUAAUAACCCUCCAUGCCACAGAGCCAUAGCAGACUGUUAUUCUUGCAGAGUAUUUUAUUUUAUUUUAUAUUUUUGAUUCUCUGUCAACUUUUACAUGUCCUUAUUUUGUUACUAUCCAGUUCUCACUCAUUAUUGCCUGCAAGUCUAUUCUUUAAUGAUAAUUCCAGUUUUAAUUAAUUUAAAUUGAUUUGUUUAUUUCUCUCUCACAGCAAUUAAUCUGUAAUUGUAGAGGACGGAGUUAUGUCUUUCUUUAUAUGGUUUAUGCAGGGUGUAAAUAACAUAUGUUACAGCGCUCUGUGGUAGAUAGAUGGGUUCAAUCUGAUCAUAUUUUUUUAAUACACCCAUGUCCAGAGAACCUUCCUUUUGACACUAAGGGCCACAAAAUUUUCCAAGAGGAUGCAUCAGUUUUAGGGGAUGUUAUCGUUGUUUUGCAUUAUAAAAGUUCCUCAAAAUGGCGGCUGCCAACUUCAUUGCAUGUUCUGCAUUGCCUAGCCAUGUUAUAUUGAACUCUGUGAAAGAUUCCCGGCUUUUCCCGCAUGGUUCCAGCUGCUGCUGCAGUUCUUACCACAAGAUCAUGCUGUGGCUUCACUGGAGUCUCAUACACAAGGCUUUGCAUGUACCCCCAGAGAAAGAAAUCCAGUGGAGUCAAGUUGGGGGGAGCGAGGGGGACCAGGUUAUUGGGCCUCCACUUCCAGUCCAUCUGUUGCCAAAAGUUUCAUCCAAAUACUCAUGGACAACAGUAGUGCAUUGUGCUGGGGCUAAGCUUUGCUUAGCAUAAGGGGUACCUGUAGGACAUCUUGACUAGUUCUCAAGAUUUAUAUCAGAUGGCUUGGUGACAACUGUGACUGCAUGAUCCCUUGGUUUAAAAUAUUUUACUCGUGUUUUGCUUCUUCUAAUGCUUGCUGUGUCUGAACAGUAUGGCUGUUUUUUGCUACCACCAUACUGGUGUAUGUGUACUUUUCUUUUAUCUUGCUGUUCACAUGGUUGAUGAAUUUAUUUCUUGAUAUUGUUGGGUUUAUGGACUUAUUCUGCCACUAUUCUGAAAGAACAUGUUUUGGAAGCUAGAUCUGCUUCCAUCAUUAAGUGAAAGGAUGAUGAAGGAAGUCAGGAGAAGUAAAUAGAAGAAGUGAAAGACAACAGUGGUUUCAGUAACAGUGGGGUCCAAUGGGUGUGUAAUAAGCAAACAAUAAAGUUACAAUUGAUCGAGGUCAUGAGGUACACAGUAGCCAGUACAUUACCACAAAGUGCCACUAACUAUGGUGUUGUUUGAUUUUACGCAAUGGCCAACCUAGAGGGUAAGGCUAGAAAAGCAAGGAAUAAAUAGAGUGAAUAAUACAAUAAAACACUGCACCAGGAAUAGACCCAUGAGGUAGGGAUAGACAAAACAAGCCCCACAGAACCAGCAGAGAUGAGUAUGACCGAAGAAAAUUUGGCAAAUAGAAGCCAAAUCUGAAUUUAGAAAUUAAACGCUCGCCUCCUUGUCUCCGAUCCGAAAUCCUCCCCUAGCCGCCUUAGGGUAUUACAUCCAGGCCACAGCUACAACCAGCUCACCACUCAGUCCCAAAUGACCUCCAGGCUGUAUGUAUGUAAGCAAGACACAGGGUGAUAGGAUGGAGUGGAGGUAACCAGGAAGUCAGCAGGUUCGAGGAGGAGGGGGUAAAAUCACAGUUAGAUUGAAGGGCAACAGAUUGUUUCAAAAAGUGUUCUGAAUGGGCAUGGCUCAGUUUGGUUCAUUAGAAAGAGCUACUCCAAAACUUUGACUAACAGCUAAAUUGCUGCUGGGCUUUGCGAGCACGGUGAUCCUUGGUUCUGAGUCCCAGGCUGUAUCUUACUCGCUGAUGACUCUGGGAGCCUUCAGAUCUUUUGUCAACUAACUGUCUCCUGUCUCAAUCAUUGAACAGUAACUAAAUCUAUAUAGAUACUUUGGAUUGAUUUUUAUCAAAGUGUCUGCCAGAUUCACUAUCUCUUUCACUAGAAAUUUGAUGAUACAGUGCUGUUUUACACUAGGAGUGACAAGGUCUGACACCGUCUUGUACUGGUUAUAAUGCACAGAAGUGGGGUGCAUGGCUGCUUGCCAGGCAGUGAGUGCAGUUUUUCCACCAACUGUCCUUAAAAAGAGUUUCAUUUUUCUGAUGCCCAUGUCUCCAGAAAAAAAAAAGACUGAAGUCCAGGUUAACCUUCAACCACUCUCAUAUUUGAAAUAAUGUUAAGUCUGUAUUAUAUAGGCGAGUCCUCACGGUCAUUAUCAGUGUAUCUUCUUUGGUUUAUACAUAUUCAGUUAAUUUCAUAACUUCUUCUGUGUGGGCUUCUGCCUGCAUCAGCCUGUUCCUCCCCCUUUUCUGGAAACACAUGAAAGCAGUGUUGAAUCUUGUAUGAAAUUUAGACUAGGUUAGUUGUUACAAAUAUAUACAAAAUGUGUGCAUGACUGAUGAUAUUUUGGUUGAUGGUAUUGACAGUUACUGUGUCUGGUUACUUACUGAAUAUUUAAAAUUAGUAUACAGAUCAUACUGUCACAUGAUAAGAGUGUGACUAUGGGUGGGUUCUGGAUUGUUGACCAGAUUUAUUGGACUCUUGUACACACAUCUCAUGACUAAUCUUUUCAAUGCUAUUACACACACGCACUAGUGUCCACAGUGAUAUCUGCACUGCUGUUGCUUUGUAGCAGAUUGCAGCAGCAGACGUUCCCCUGGCUCUGGGUUUCUGAACGGUCCCCAACCUCAGCUACCAGCUUCUAACAGCAGCAGCUCACAAUGACUGAACUACAGCAGCCCUGUAAUUCAUUGCAACAGUUAAGUGGUCCAACUUAUAACAUCUUGGCAUGGACUGCACAGAAAACAACAUUCUGUUUUGUUGUUUAUGGGCCGCUUCCUAAUAACGCCCAGCUGUUGUGACUCCACAAUUCUGGCUUUUAACGAAUGUGCCACAGUAUCUUAUCACAAGUCUGUCACUGUGAUUCUCAUAGAAAAUUUAUUUGUUGAUAUGUGGGAGUUUGCAGGAGUCAGUUCAUUUUUCAUUUCAUGUAUCCAUAAUGUAUAUGAGAAAGUAUUGUGGCCAUGAAAAAUCAAUAUUGGAAUGUUUAUGGAUUUAUACACUUUUGCCACAGAUUGUGGAAUAGUGGUUUUUGGAAUGCUGUUUGUCAGUAUGGGUGUACACCUCAUCAGCACAUGAAUGGCUGGAAGGAUUUUAUUUAUAUUUGGUAUUCAGGAGUUUAUCAAUCUUAGGUCAGUGCCCAGUGAAUCUGAACAUUCCAGCUCCAAAAUCAGAUAGGCCCCAAAAUGCAAAAUGGCGAUAUUCUGGAAAAUUGCUCCAAUGAUUUCGAGUAAAUUUCAGUCAUUUAUGGAGACCAUAUCCCUAAAUAAAAAUACACAGAUAGUAUAUUCAGGAGCGUAAUGGUAUGCACACUAAGGACCCAAACACGAAAUGUCAGUUUUUGUGAACUCAGCUUUACUGGUUAGAAGAGUUUUGUUGUUCAGUAUUCUGCAACCAGCAGUGGUGUACUAAACAAUAAUCAGUUCUGUUUCCAGGGUAAUUUAAGUGAGGUCAGUAACAUAUGAGAAGUGUAAGAUACCUUGAGCUGUUGCACUUCUUAAUACACGAAUUAGUAGCAAGGUCCAUGAAGUGCAUCAAGUUUAAGAUGAGAAUAUAAAAGACUGCCUUUACAUAUUUCGCCCACUAUUCACCAUCCUCAGAAGGCGUAGCCGAUGCCACAAAGAAUUACUGUACUUUACAUGUAUGAUAUGAUGAACAUAGAUGGCCAUAAAGGGAUUUCUACCAUUGUAAAUUGAGACUAGGCUCAGAUAUUAAUGUAAUUGAAAUAAGCUAUGUUUGUUAAAAUUAAUUAAAAUGUUAUGCAAUAGAAAUACAUGAACAGGAUGGCAUUCCUGUCUUUCUGCAGAUAUGACAGUGUGUAUAGACCAAUUGCUAAGCAGUGGCUCUGUAAACAGCAGCUGUUGCGAAGUAAUGCCCACAACAUGCAACAUGCAUGCUACAACAGAAGAGUGCGGUAAUGCAACUCAUUUUUAAGAAACAGUCCGGUAAACGUAUUUCCACGGAAACAGACAUCAACACAACAAUAGAAGAACAGUGUUUUCUGUGGAGUCCGUGUUGAAAUGUUAUAACCAGGGUAGUUGGUUGGAGUUGUCAGUAGUUCAGGUGUGGAGUGUUAACCAACAGGCAACUGCAUGCACACAGAAGCUGAAGA